CUCAAUCUUGGUGGGCACGCCCCCUGGUGGUGCUGUAGUAUAUAAGGCAGCUCCAGCCCAGGACUGCAGACAGAAUAGCUGAGUUCACUCUCACCUUGGAUCUGGAUUACAGCAACUCUCCUUCUCUGCUGAGACAAUCUGUGGAUUAUUAGCACCUACAGGUAGGUUCCACUUACUGCCCUGCACACAGGGAGGGAGGGGAGGCUUACUGCUAUUUAAUGCUAUUUAGUAACCUAUUAUAAUGGGAAUAUAUAAUACCCUGACCUCCUGUCAUUUAAACCCUCCAUGCAUGGUGUUACUAUCAUGCAAUCUGUGCUAGGAUUAGCAAUACUACAAAUAAAUAUUAUUUAGCAUUUUAACUAAAAUUGCUUCAUUAGAAAUUCCUGGAAAGUUUGCACACUCUAUUUCUCUAAUAUCAAGUAGUAUUAGUUCUGUGUUCGGGUCAAUUUACUCUUAGUCUAGUGAAGAAGCAGAGACUUGGAACAGAACCUGCUGGGGUUUUGGGAUGUGUACCCCUUAUAUCACUUCACUAAUAACUGCAACUCUGUCCCUCCAUCCAGGGUUUAUAUCAGAAUGGAACUUACUCACAUCAUCCUCCUCCAUCUGAGUUACCUGGCUGUCCUGGGUUCAGCUGCAGCGAUAAUGGAAUUGAGAAAAGACAGAAAAAUGUAAGUAUCUAAUCCUAUCACUGUGAAUUAUUACAGACCAUUCACCUGUCUAUUAGCCAGAGCCUUUAAAUUCUUCGAAAUGUGUUUGGAAUGCCUGGAUAGUUUACUGAUCUCUCUGUUCUGUCCCAUUCCAGGUGGGGUUUAAUAGAAAAGCAUCGGAUCAGAAGAGAUUUGCUGAGUGAUACCCAGAAUUCUGCCCCACUAACUGAUGAAACGUCUCAAUCCGCUUUGAUCAAGCCAGAGGAUAUAAUGGACCCCCUGGUUCCUUCCAGCAGGUAAUUGAUCUGUUUGACUUUACUUCUCUAAGCAAGCUAUUUCCUAAUAUCAGGGGGCAAAGGUUGAAGUUUGUGUUUGCAAUUUGUGUAUGAACUAAUGUAUAGAAUGUGGGGGCAGGGCUGUGUGUGGCAAGAGUGAGGGUCAUCAAAAGUGGGUAUCGAGUUUAUUGUAUGUUUUCUAAUGGGGGUCCUGUCUUGUUUUGCAGUAACGCUGCCCACAUUCGUGUGAAGAGAUACAGACACAGCUCAAACCACUUUAACAACGUCCAGUCUCUCCGAGUGGGCUGCAGGUUUGGGACAUGCACUAUUCAGAACCUGGCCCAUCAGAUCUACCAGUACACAGACAAAGACAAGGACAGCACAGCACCAGCCAAGAAGAUCAGCUCCCAGGGCUACGGCCGCAGGAGAAGGUCUGUCCCAGACAGCAGACUUCUCCUAACUCUGAUGGAUGGUAAACUCACCCCAUCAUGGGUUCGCACCAGCCAGACAUCUAGACCUGACCAGGAGAGGGACACCUGGAGAAAGAGCAAGUUAUGGGGAGCCCUGCUCAGCACUUAAACCAGAGACUGUACCAGAUUGAACGCAAUUGGAUUUGGGGCUAAAUCUCUCCCCUGGAGGGCUAGUGAAACUGCAGGUGCCAACCAAGAGAUGCACAGACAGAGCUGAGAAGGAAAAGAUGAGACAAAGUUGCCUUAAAGUAUUGACUUUGAAUGAAGAAUUGCAUCGUUGUGGUCUGGUCGAGGAUCGUCCAGAUUUUUGGACUUUUCACCAACCAUUCAAGGAUUUCUAUGGCCAACACAGGAUGUAGUAAUUUUGCACUUGUAAGGACGAUUUGUUGAACUUGGCACUGAAUGGACAUGAAACGCAGAACUGAAUGCUAAUCGAGCAGUGCUGGGGUUUUUUGCUUCCUGUUAAACCAUUGGUUGCAAGAUUCCUGUACCCGUCACCAGAGUUGGGAGCAUUCACCUAUGCUCAGUGCUGUAGGGGGGUAGGUGCUGCAAUACAUAGGCCGGGCGAUUUGCAAUUUGGAUUUGCCACAAGUCUUUAUAAAGCUGAACGGACAGACCUCAUGGGCUACGUUGCCCCAAUUUCUUUAACUUCUGGUUACUGGAGAAGCCGGCCGUGAUGCAGGUAUCUCUGGAAGCAUAGGGUUAAUUCCCCAACCCCUACCCACCCCCUCCUCCUGUUCUAUUAUUGCCAAUGGACUUGUUACAGAGACUCUAAUCCCGAUUACUUGUAAAGGGCAGUCUGGAUAAAAUGUAAUUGGUUCCUUGUGAACUUUACCAAAUACUUGAACUUCAACCUUAAAGUGCAAUUUUUUUAUUUUAACGUAUGUGUGUGUGUAAGUCAGAUUCCUAUAUUUAAAUUGCUACUGUUUAUAUGUUGUACGUCUUCAAAACAAAAGUUAUUUUUUUACGUUCUAUUUUAUCUAAGGGCAUUAUAUCGCUUAUUUUAUUAAAAUGUGAUAUUUGUAACUGUUUUUUUACAUUCCGUUAUGAUAAUUAUUAUGUAUCAUUUUAUUAUUCA